AUGCUCCCUCGUCGGUUCAGCCGUCGCCUGGCUGCCGUCGCCACCGCCGCCCUCCUCUUCCUCCUCUACCAUCUGUACACCCUGCAAGCGGGACUCCAGCCACCACCAAGCCGACAACUCUCCUCCACCACCGAACCCAGGUAUACCGGCGAGCCCAAUACUGUGUGUCCGCCACUCCCCGGCGUCGAGGAUGUGCUGGUGGUGAUGAAAACUGGGGUGACGGAGUCGCAAGACAAAGUCCCCGUCCACUUCACGACCACCCUCCGCUGCAUCCCCAACUACAUCAUCGUGUCGGACUUCGACGAAGAAAUCGAAGGCGUCAAGAUCCGGGAUGUCCUCCAUAAUAUGGAUUCGGAGGUCCGGGAUCGCGUCCAAGACUUCGACAUCUACAACCGCAUCCGCCAACAAGGGCGCAAGGGUCUGGGCGGGAACGACUUCAGCGAUGUGGCCAACUCCGCCAUCGGCAAGCCCAACAAUCCCGGCUGGAAGCUUGAUAAGUGGAAGUUCCUGCCCAUGGCGCAGGAGGCCCUGCGCACGAAACCCGAUGCCAAGUGGUUUAUCUUCAUGGAGGCAGACACCUACGUCUCGUGGACGACCGCGCUGGCGUGGUUGAGCCAUUACGACGCCUCGAAGCCACACUACCUUGGCACGGAGACCCAAAUCGCAGAUGUGAUCUUUGCCCAUGGCGGGUCGGGCUUCGCGCUCUCCAACCCGGCUCUGACCCGUGCGGUGGGGAGCUAUACCUCCAACACCAAGGAGUGGCACGAUUAUACGGACUUCCACUGGGCCGGGGAUUGUGUGCUGGGCAAGGUCCUCUUUGAUGCCGGCAUCAAUCUGGAAUUCUCGUGGCCGAUCCUACAAAACUCCAACCUCGGCGAACUGAGCGAGUUCAGCAAGGGCUUCUACCGUGAACCAUGGUGUUUCCCUUCCAUGGCUCUGCACCAUUUGACACCUGCCGAGAUCAAAAAUCUGUGGGAAUUUGAGUCAAAGCGCUGGCGCAAAAACAAACACACCCUGCUGCACAGCGACCUCUUUCGCGAAUACCUCUACCCCGAAAUCGCAACCCAGCCCACCCGUCUAGACUGGGACAACAGUGCUGAAGACGACCAGCCCUUCGCUACCUCCUUCGAAGACUGUCGCGAAGUCUGCGAGGCGCAGAAGGACUGCGUACAAUUCGUCUUCAAGGGUGGAUCCUGUUAUACAAGCGGUAACCCCCGGCUUGGUGCCAAGGCCUCCGAUGCUGUGUCCGGCUGGUUGACGACCAGGAUCCGGGAAAUGAUGGAUAACAAGGGAUUGUGCAGUGCGCCGGAUUGGGGGGUCUGA